CAGACCUAAAGCGGCUGUGGAAAACAGCAAAGACACGCAAGCAUACACUGGCUUAUUACAACGCAGCACUACCAACCGCCCAAGGUUUUUUACCGCGAAAGAAUGCAGACUGCAAAGCUUACCGCGCCUAACCGGUUGCGGCCAGCGCUUGCCCCGCGUCUCCUACCACGCACAUCGGCCCCGCCAGGCCUUUGUCGGCCGCUACACGUAGCGUCUGAGGCUUCGGAUCAUGUGGUUCUGCCAUCUGCUCCCCCGCUGCGCUUUGAGGAGCCCGCGGCGGAGGCGCUGGAGCGGAUGCCGCACCAUCUGAGCGUUGGCCAGGAGGCGAGCACUUCCCGCCUCUCGCAGCGGCCCCGCAAGGCCGGCUCACCCGGCAGCUGGCCGAAGCUGGACAUGGACCUCGGGGCGCUGGGGGCACUGGCGCAGCCCAAAGUGCUGCUGGGCGCGGGCAUGCUGGCGGGUCUGGGUGUGGACAUCUCCCAGCCGGCCUCAGUGGUCCAGGCGGUGGGGGUGCUGGCGGCCAUUGUGGCGGUGCACGAGGCGGGCCACUUCGCGGCGGCGCGGCUGCAGGGCAUCCGGGUGGCGCGGUUCGCGGUGGGCUUCGGACCGGCCAUUUGGAAGUACAAGGGUCCCGAGGUGGAGUACUGUUUGAACGCGGUGCCCCUGGGCGGCUACGUGGCUUUCCCCGAUGACGACCCCACCAACGGCUCAUUCGACCCUGAGGACCCCAACCUGCUCAAGAACAGACCCAUACCGCAGCGCGCCCUGGUCAUCAGCGCGGGCGUCAUCGCCAACGUCCUGUUCGCCUACCUAGUGCUGCUGGCUCAGAUCUCCAGUGUGGGUAAGGCCGAGACGGCCUUCCUGCCCGGAGUCAAGGUGGUGGUCCCGGACACGCCCGCGGGCGCCAUGUCGGCGGCGGCGCGCGGCGGCAUCCGCAGCGGCGACAUCAUCCUGCGGCUGGGGGAUGUGGUGGUGCCGGCGGCGCCCAGCCAGGUGUCCACCUCCGUGUCCGCCAUCCGCGCCUCACCCGGCCGCGAGCUGGUGGUGGAGGUGGAGCGGCCCUCAGCCUCGGCCGCCUCCGCCAGCGGCAGCGGCAGCCAGCCGGGCGGCGCGGAGGUGCUGCAGCUGCGCGUGACGCCGGACGCGGGCAGCGACGGCGGCGGCCGCAUGGGCGUGCAGCUCACCUCCAACACCUACAUCAAACACACCUACGCGCAGGGGCCGGGCGAGGUGCUGGCCAUGACCUCGAGCGAGUUCAACAGGCUGGCGGGCACUGUGCUGAACGGCCUGAAGCAGAUCGUGACCAACUUCGGCGCCAUGAGCGGCCAGCUGUCCGGGCCCGUGGCCAUUGUGGCGGCGGGCAGCGAGGUGCUGCGUGCAGACAGCGCCGGCCUGUUCCAGUUCGCCGCCAUUGUCAACAUCAACCUGGCCGCGGUCAACAUCCUGCCGCUGCCGGCGCUUGAUGGCGGGUACCUGUUCCUGCUGGCUGUGGAGGCGGUGCGCGGCGGCCGCAAGCUGCCCGCGGCUGUGGAGGGCGGCAUCAUGGCCAGCGGCUUCCUGCUGCUCACGGCGCUGGGGCUGGGGCUGGUGGUGCGGGACACCAUCAACCUGCUGUGAGGGGCAGGUAGGCGCACUCAGUGAGAGCCGGUGGUGGUGGGGAUGCAAGUGAUUGUGGGCCGUAGUAGUGCGUGAUUUUAGAGGGGUAGUAGAGGAAGCGUGAGUUUGUUGAACUGGACAAAGUCAAGUCAUCGACGAUGCUGCAAAGUGAGGCUGCAGGCUUCGUCGGUGCCGUGCGCGGUGUUUUUGAACAGCUGCAGAGUACGCAUGGCGAAGGGGGCGGGCGGGCGGACAUACGCACCUCAGGUACCUGUUGCAGUGAGUGGUCCGGACGUGUGGACAUGUGACAAAGCGUAUUCAGCUUUGUACAGUUGAAGAAGGGUCUGAGCCCCGCAGCAUCCGGAGGACUGACUGCAAAUCAGUGGACC